UAAAUUCCUUUCCGGGAGCGUUUUUAGUCAGCAAGUCAAGGCACCUGCUUGAGCAGCAGAGGGGAAAAGAAGUUCUGUGUAGUGACUCCAAAGGACACGAGCGAGGCGGAUACAUUUCAUGGAAAUAAAGAUCUACUGGCUAAGUGAAGAAAACUGAGAGCAGCUCGCCGGCUCACAAUCAAAUAGUCUACCUCGUUUUGUUAUUUUUCAUAGUAUUUUGUUUAAAUGUUUAACAAAUUGCGCGUUGGCUGCUCAUGUUAGCUAGCGAGCUACUUUACCACCAGUAGCUGUACAUGUUGGUUAUUAAACGUUCGCUGUAGUUACCGGGUAUUAUUUAACUAGCUAAUGCUUUUACAUCAGUUUGUGAACGGAGCCCUGGAAGCUAUGCAUCCAACAAUUCAAAAAGACACUACUUUUACAAAGAUUUUCGUGGGCGGUUUGCCGUACCACACCAACGAUGCCUCUCUCAGAAAAUAUUUCGAGGCGUUCGGGGAGAUCGACGAGGCUGUGGUGAUAACGGACAGACAGACUGGUAAAUCCAGAGGAUAUGGCUUUGUGACCAUGUCUGACCGGGGGGCUGCGGAGCGGGCAUGCAAGGACCCUAACCCCAUCAUCGACGGCAGGAAGGCCAACGUCAACCUGGCGUACCUGGGAGCCAAGCCCCGCAGCCUGCAGACAGGUGAGCCGGAGAGAGGUUUCUCUAUCGGCAUGCAGCAGAUCCACCCAGCGCUGAUCCAGAGGCAGUAUGGGCUGGCUCAGCAGUACGUGUAUCCCCAGACCAUCGUGCAGCCCAGCCUGCUGAUGCCGUCCCAGCUGUCCUCCAUCAGCUCCCCAUACCUGGACUACAGCGCCGCCUACGCCCAGUACGCCUCGUCCGCCUUCGAGCAGUACCCCUACGCCGCCUCCCCGGGCUUCCUGGGGUACAGCUACGCCCCAAGCUCCUCUGCUCAGGCCCCCGGCCCCGCCCCGCUGCAGCAGGCCCUCCCCACCGCAGCUGCCCCGCCCACCGCCUUCAUCCAGUACCCCCCCCAGCAGGUGCAGCCUGACCGCAUGCAGUGAGGGCCACGCUACGGAUGGGGGCAUGCACGCGGUGGGAAGGGGGGGG